AUGAGCAGUAUAAAGGAUCAACAGGUAGAAACCCACCAAGUCAUCUUGUCCGAGGAAAGCAUACCGCGAGCAGGAUCUGGAGGAAUCAACAAUAGCCAGGUUAUGGAAAGGGUCCGAAUGGUUGCCGAGGUAACAAUGUGGUCGACGCAUUGCUCAACAUUGCUGGUACACGAUGGUGUCUGUGGUCUCUCGGUCAUAUUAUACCAGAGUUGCAUUGUAUUUGGAAGAGACUGCUUCGACUGUUGGUGCUUCCUUUGUCAUGACCAAGAUUAUGACGACAGAGUUACCUAUCUCCAAUGGCGAGAGCAAGGAAGGAUGGAUGCCGCAUUGUCAUGGAAGUCGCUUCUGGUGGACGGUCCCAUCAAACUUGGACUGAGAGUAUAUCCGACGAUUGUAGAUUUUGGAAAAGAUACCCUCAUACCCACGACAGUUCAACUCUUGCGUUUGGUGGGCGAGCUAUUCAUCCUGUUAUGUCAAUUGCUCUUUGGCAUUAUCAUUACUUUGACCCCAUGGGCUUGUGCGCUCCUUUGGCCGGAACGUCGUCACAAAUCAUCAGCGAGACAAGAAAAAAAAAGGGAGAUUGCCGCGUUUGGUGGUGGUGCUGGCCCUCGUCCAUGCGACGUGGGUCAUUCCUUUGGAUAUCACAUUGACAUCUCUGAUAUUGAUGCGAAUGGAUACCCAUUGAGACAUGACGAUGAUAUGACCGCUGUGUCCGAAAUCACCAAUGAUGAGGCCAUUCGAUCGCCAGCUGGAAUGGUCCGCGCCUUGCGAAGCGUGUCGGUUCCAGACAACGUCCUCCUCCUGUUUCCACUCAAAUCAGGCUCGAGAAAAAAAAAGUUGGAAUUGCAGACACCGACCAUUUCGUCUGCAGGACCAUCUACUCAGGAAAAUACUCCAAAAGAUUGUACACCGACUGUGAAAUUAUUUCAGAGGCGUUCGAUGGAAACGAUCCGAUCCAAAUGGAAAAAGUCAACUCCUGAAUUGAAAGCCAACGUGGUAGCCGUGUCCACAAAACUGAGAAGAAGUCUAUUGAAACAAAAUAUUGUGUGA